CCCGGACCCCAACGCACUAUUUAAAUUCACUUUUUUCUCCCUCUCUUCUGUUCGAGACAUAGACAGAGAGAUAAGAGGGAGAAACCCAACAAAAAGCACGAGAAAUCUCUGCUCCGAUCUCAUACCGGAUCCGAUAUCCGACCCGCCGGACUGUCCUAGCCGCAGAUCUAGACAACCCCCGACACCGACGCCGGCAUAUAUAAUUCGAAGGGAAGCAAAUCGACGGCGGAGAUGGCGCCGAGCACGAUCCGGAAGGCGAUCGGGGCCGUCAAGGACCAGACGAGCAUAGGCAUCGCGAAGGUAGCGAGCAACCUGGCGCCGGACCUGGAGGUGGCGAUCGUCAAAGCGACGUCGCACGAGGACGAGCCGGCGAGCGAGAAGCACGUGCGGGAGAUACUGACGCUGACGUCGUCGUCCCGGGGCUACGUCCACGCGUGCGUGUCGGCGGUGUCGAAGCGUCUAGGGAAGACGCGCGACUGGAUCGUGGCCCUGAAGGCGCUGAUGCUCGUCCACCGCCUGCUGAACGACGGUGACCCGGUGUUCGGGGACGAGAUCGUGUACGCGACCCGGAGGGGGACCCGCCUCCUGAACCUAUCGGAUUUCAGGGACGAGGCUCACUCGAACUCGUGGGAUCACUCUGCUUUUGUGAGGACAUACGCUCUGUACUUGGAUCAGAGGCUCGAGCUCAUGCUAUUCGAGAGGAAGAGUGGUGGUGGUGGUGUUGGAGAUCGGCAGAGCUCGAUUGGGUCUAAUGGGUCUUCGCAUUACAGGUCUCCGCCGCCGAGGAAUUACGAGUAUGAGUAUGGAGGAGAGCGAGAUCGGGAGUUUAGGGACUAUGAGAAUGGAGGGGGGAUGAGAAAGUCGAGAUCUUACGGGGAUAUGAAUGAAUCGGUGAGUCGAAACGGGCGAGAUGAGAAGAGGGCUGUGACCCCAUUGAGGGAUAUGAAGCCGGAGCAGAUUUUUGCGAAGAUGGGUCAUUUGCAGAGGCUGUUGGAUCGGUUUCUGGCGACCCGACCCACGGGUUUGGCGAAGAUUAGUCGGAUGGUUUUGGUUGCUGUGUACCCGGUGGUGAGGGAGAGCUUUCAGCUGUAUGGUGAUAUCUGUGAGGUUUUGGCCGUUUUGCUUGAUAAGUUUUUCGAUAUGGAGUAUCCGGAUUGUGUGAAAGCCUUUGAUGCUUAUGCGAGCGCGGCAAAGCAGAUUGAUGAGCUUGUCGGGUUUUAUGCCUGGUGCAAGGAUUCGGGUCUGGCCCGGUCUUCAGAGUAUCCAGAGGUGCAGAGGAUUGGAACUAAGUUGUUGGACACAUUGGAGGAGUUUGUGAGGGACAGGUCGAAGGGAACCAAGAGUCCUGAGAGGAAAGUGGAGCCUGUUCCUCCGCCUCCUCAAGAGGAGGAGCCCCAAAAUAUGAAUGAGAUUAAGGCGUUGCCGGCGCCGGAGAAUUACACUCCGCCACCGCCCCCUGAGGUUGUGGUGAAGGCGGAGCCCAAACAGGAAGUGGUACCGGACUUGGUGGAUUUGAGGGAUGAUGGGGUUUCAGCUGAUGCACAGGGGAAUAAGUUGGCUUUGGCUUUGUUUGCUGGUCCUGGUGGUAGUGGACCUGCAAAUGGAUCAUGGGAAGCUUUCCCAUCAGAUGGGCAGCCCCAAGUCACCUCGGCUUGGCAGACCCCUGCCGCGGAGCCCGGGAAGGCAGAUUGGGAACUGGCAUUGGUAGAAACAGCAAGCAAUUUAUCUAGGCAGAAACAAAAUCUGGGUGGCGGGCUUGAUCCGUUGUUAUUGGAUGGAAUGUAUGAUCAGGGCGUUGUGAGGCAGCAUGUGAGUACUUCCCAAUUGACUGGCGGUAGUGCUAGUAGUGUAGCAUUGCCCGGGCCAGGGAAGAGCGCCACACCGGUGUUGGCUCUUCCCGCCCCAGACGGGACGGUUCAAGCGGUGAAUCAGGACCCGUUUGCUGCAUCAUUAACCGUUCCACCGCCUUCCUAUGUGCAAAUGGCGGAUCUAGAGAAGAAACAGCAUUUGCUUGUGCAGGAGCAGCAGGUAUGGAAUCAGUAUGCCAAGGAGGGAAUGCAAGGCCAAGGUAGUUUGGCGAAAAUGAGCGCUCCGGGGUACUACGGAGCAGCACCUUAUGGUAUGCCUCCGGCUAAUGGAAUUGGGAUGCCGCCGGCGGCCGGGUACUACUACACUCCUUACUGAUAUUAUUGUGAUCCUCAUUUGCCUGCCUAUAAAUGACUUACUCUUUGUUCAUUUUGUAUGAUGUAUUCCUAGUUUUUUUUUUUUUUUUUUUCUAUGUUGUAUGAAUUGUUCUAAAGCCUGUUCUUGCAACUUGUGCAUGAAAAUGGUUGGGUGGAAGAGAGGGGACUGAAAUGAAGAGAUUCGUCAUUGUGGGGGGAUUUUGAUGCUCGGAUAUACGUAAAAUCGAUUUGUGAUGA